AUGAACACACCUUCGCCCCUUGAGACCGAUGGCCCUAUCGUCGGCCUCGCUAGCAGAGCGAACCCUACUGCGCCGCCCGGCACACCCCGAGUGGAAACGCCUGGUCAGUCAAACACCUUGGAGGAUAGGAUGGAAGCCUUACAGCGGGAAAUGGCGAAAAUGCAGGAACACAACAACAUCCUUUCCUCCAAACUGGACGACACCCAGAAACAGCUUUAUGAACAACAAUCACACUCGGCCCAACUGCAGGACAGUUUGGAACAGACCAUGUAG